AGCGCCGAACCGUAUAAAUACCGCCGCCUCCAUGUCGCGCCCCUCUGUCCACUCCCACUCCCACUCCUCCUCCGCAAUCGUAAACAUGUCUGUCCAGCCAAACCCCGAAGCAAUCAAGACCGUCGACAAGAACGGUAACGAGAUCACAACCGUCGGCUUUGAGCGUUUCGGCUUUGACUGCGAGGUCCCCCUCGACGUCGUCCGUUCUCUCUAUCUUCGUCCCCACUAUGUCACCACCGCCAGCUCAAGCAAGACCGAGGAACUCGACGCAAAGGCAGACGAGGAGCACGCCCGCUUCACUCAGGGCCACGCAGCCUACCAGUCCAAGUCGAUCUAUCACCCAGACUCGCAGUCCAUCUCCUACACCACCCUCACUCGCUUUCCCCCGGUCAAACUCCUCCCUCCCUCAAAGCGCAAGCGCGUCCUCGUUACCGGUGGCGCAGGUUUCGUCGGCUCUCAUCUCGUCGACCGUCUCAUGCUCCUGGGCCACGAUGUCACUGUCAUCGACAACUUCUUCACCGGGUCCAAGACCAGCUUGUCUCACUGGGUCGGUCACCCCAACUUUGAGAUGGUCCGCCACGAUGUCGUCGAGCCGUUCAUGAUCGAGUGCGAUCAAAUCUACCACUUGGCCUGCCCCGCUUCUCCUCCCCACUACCAGUUCAAUGCUGUUAAGACCAUCAAGACCUCAUUCAUGGGCACCCUUAACAUGCUCGGUCUCGCCAAGCGCACAAAAGCCCGUUUCCUUAUCACCUCCACCUCUGAGGUCUACGGUGAUCCCGAGGUCCACCCUCAGCACGAAGAAUACUGGGGACAUGUCAACCCCAUCGGUCCUCGUGCUUGUUACGACGAGGGUAAGCGUGUUGCUGAAACCCUCACAUACGGGUUCCAGCGACAAGAUGGUGUUGACGUUCGCGUCGCCCGUAUCUUCAACACCUAUGGUCCCCGCAUGAACCCCUUCGACGGCCGUGUGGUUUCAAACUUCAUCGUCCAGGCUCUCCGUGGCGAAGACCUCACUGUCUACGGCGACGGCAAACAAACCCGUUCCUUCCAAUACAUCCACGAUCUCAUCGACGGUCUCAUCGCGCUCAUGAACUCCGACGAGACCCGGCCUACCAACAUCGGUUCCUCGGACGAGUUCACGAUCGGCGAGUUCGCGGAGCUCGUCAGGGAUAUCGUCGAGAAAGUGCAGGCGGAGGACGGCGUGCCGGACAAGGAGCGGAGGAGGGUCGAGGUGACUUAUCACCCGAUGCCGACCGACGACCCGCAGAAGAGGAGGGCGGACACGACGAGGGCGAAGGCCAGCUUGGAUUGGCAGACGAGGUGGACGGUGAAGAUGGGUUUGGAGGAGAUGGUGAGGUAUUAUAAGGCGAAGAUGGCAGAGGGGAGCUUGUAGAUGCUCGCCGGGCCCCAGCCGUGUCAUCCGUCGCCUCCGCGUUUCUCUUUUUUCUUUUUAUUUCUCCCUAUUCGGUCUUCUUUUCUCUUGGUAUCUUGGAUUGGCUUAACUUAAAAUGUGGAGGAUGGACGCGUCGGUAGGAUGGUGUUUUCAGGCUUCUUCUCUGCCUUGUUUCAGUUGUUUUUUUGGGCUGUUGUUGUCGUCGCGUACGCGCUAUUCCCCUAGAUAAUCCCAUACAUACAAUUGCCUGUUGUUUCGCAACUGAUUACAUAGAGCACUAUAUAUAGACUCGCAGUAUUUGCUUGCAAUUGCCGCUUCCUCCCUCUUCUGAAAUGUGUCCGUAUAUACAUCAAUUACAUAAAGCAGCGUAAAGUCUUGUCGAACACUCGCAAUAAAACUCAUCAC